UUGAAAGAGGUCUGUCAGCACAAAGCGCUUUAAGAGUUAACAAGAACGCUUUUGUCUGUAUGUGUAAUUUGUACUUGAGACUCCCUCCACGAGAGCAAACCCCACUAAAGUCAUCUUUGUUUUGACAAACUUUCAUCGGAGGGACCUGCCCCCGAGGUGAUAGUCCAUGUGCUGGUGCACCGCGAGAGCGAAGAGUACAAGGAUGAAGACGAGGGUAGCUUCUCCUCAACGGGCAAUGGCAAUGGGCACGAUAAGCCCAAGCCGCCGCAGAUUCGCAUCAGCACGGGUUCGUCGGAGAGCCCCAUGAACACGUCCCUAAUGCCUACCGUGCAGAUAAUGGUGGACAGUCCCAAGGAGCCGCCACGCGGCGACUUCAGUACGGAAUUGGCUGCUACAUCCACAGCCGUAACGAUCGGUGUCGAGGUGGAUCCAUCUCCCAUCGAUGUGAUCGUGCAGGGGGACACAUCGCAGGUGUUCUACGACUACAAUCCCGACAAAGCCACUGGCAACGAAAUUGUCGAGAUGGAUACACUCGACGAGGAUGAGGAGCAGACAGCAGCUGAAAGAGGAGUUGAAGCUGAAGCACUUCCAGCCGAGGACCAACAGAGAUGACCUUCGGUCAACAGUCGGCAGCAGGAUUCCAGCAGCAGCAGCAGUAGUAGCACCAGCAGCAGGAUCAGUGCCUGCUGCUCGUCAACAUCAACAUCCUCGGCUGUCGCUGGCCGGCGUCCAAGUUGACAACCUCCGACCUGAGCGCAAAUCCAAUGCCGAUUCCUGUGUGCAUUUGUCUCAGAACUCGUAGUUUCUUAGGCUUAGGCUUAGGCAUAGGCGCUUUAUACGAUAUAUACACAUAUACAUAUACGGAACUAUCCAAAUUUAUAUACAAUAUCAAUCUACGCUGGCCAGAAGAUGGUGGGGGUGGAGAAGAAAUCAAUAUUAAACUCUGUGUUAACAAAAACGUGCAUUAAACAAACCGUACAUUGUGUACACGUAUCGCGAAUCAAAUCAAAACAAAAAAAACGAGGGGGAACGUUGUGAGUUGCUGCGGACACCGCAACUCUACAGUUAUACCCGAU